GCUUACAAUAGGCUAGGUAGGGGGUAGUGACCAGUUCGGAAACAUCACAGCAGGAAUCAACUUAAUGUUAAGAUAACAGCUCGGCUCUGCUGACGAAGCCACCACCUCCAGUGCUGCAGAAGCCUAGAGUCUAAUAUCUCCUCUCCUAACCACCGAGUCGAUGAGAAAAUUGGCAAAUCUACCGGCAAUGCCAUCUGGCCUGAUGAGAAUCUAUAUAACUACACCCUUCAAGCUCUAUCAGGUAUGUACAUCCAUCCUCAUUGUAGGAAUGUAAGCCCCAAACUAACAGCCCCAACUUCCUCACAACCCUCACUAAUACGUGCGUCCAAAAGUAUAUUGAAUGUUCACUUUGCUUCCUCUCCCGGGAAUUGCUAUCAUUAAGCACACUCACACUACAAACCCCAGAUCCCGAACCGCUCGAAACCUCCUAGCCAAAGAAGCUGUUGCUCUUGUCCACAGCAUAGGGAACGCUUCGGAAGUAGAAUUCAUAACAGAUUUGCUUUUUCCGGUAGAUGAAGAAGCAGCAUUUCCUGCGGCGGACGUCAUCUCGGUGCCGGGCAAUCGAGUCAUCAGGAUAUCCAGGAUAGAAGUGGUUGGAGAGAUCGCUAAACUUGCUAGACAGGUGGGGGCUGUUAGGACGGGUAUUCUGCGGAGAAUAUUAUCAGGAGUGGUGGGGUGUAUCAUGGAAUGAAAAAUGAGAAGAUUUUUGAUGGGAUGGCGAUGGUGAAAGAGUGGCGGUUAGUGGAUGGGAAGGUUCUGCUAUUUAGGGUGGGGAAAGGGAAGUUUACGGUGAUUCAGGCAAUUUAG